AUGGCCCAGCAAGGCCAGGGUGGCAAACCUCCAAGUGGUCCGCCAGGACCUCCUCCACCACGUCCGCCGAAAACGCCUCCGGGCACAUCGCCACGUGGAACGCCAACAGCAACCACGACCCCGGGCGAUGUGACUCCGGCUAGAGGACCUCCGCCAGCGCCCAAACGCGUAUCGAUAGGAGUGGGUUCCACGCGUCCUGUUCCGCCGCCAGCAACUGAUCCUGCCGGUCCACCACCAGCUGGCGGAAAACCGGUGAAAGACUCUGGUCCCUCGGCAUCGUCUAGGCCAAGUCUUCGGGAUCCUGGCCCAUCGCCCUCCGAUAAGCCUUCGACAUCUGCAAGGACAUCUGUUCGGGAGCCGGCUCCUUCGGCAUCUCCCUCUCGUCCCGUUAGCACUCGGGAAUCCGGCCGUAUAAGCGUUCAGGAAGCUGGAACUUCGACGUCUGCAAAAGUGGUGAAGCUAGCUGCAGCUGAGCCCAGUCCUGCAAAGCCACCAGAGACGGAGAAAUUAAGCUUCUUUAAAAGGAAGAAGAAACCCAAAGACUCAGAUGCGUCACGGACCCCAGGCCGUGGACAUAGGUUGCCUUCGGUAACCGCGGCUUCAGCCCUCCAAAAUAGGGCCAAAACCAACCGCAUUCUGUACACAACCGAUGAGGAGGUACGCGAAGCCCUCGUGGAGUUCUCUGUGUUCAUAAUUUUUCUGAUUCUAACAUCUCUGGUUGUUUUGUCCGUUCGGCAUACUUAUAUGUUUUAUUUCAACGACACGAUGAAGAGACUAUUCACGAAUCGGGAAAUGGUGGUGGCUCCUUCGGUGACGGUUGGUUUUGAGAAACUUAUUACCGUGCCGGAUUGGUGGGACUAUCUCAAAUACAACUUUCUUGUAACACUCCACGGCGAUUUGACUUUUAUGGAUAAUCACAAUCACACGUCAGAAAUCCCAAUGCCACCGCCAGUAACUGAAAAAUCACCCGAAGAUAGUGGGGCGGGAUCGCCUGAAAAUUCCCCAGAAGUGGGCAGAUUGCAAGAGGAUUUCCAAUAUAAUGGAAAUCCGUACAUUGACCUACGGGGGCAUGGCAGAGCUAAGCGACAGGCAUCCGAUGAGUCCAGCGAGGACGGCAGCGAAGAUGUAUCUCGCGAAUAUUCAAAACUUGAUCCCGCCAACAUAAGCGCGCAUCAUCUGGAGGGGCGCGUCUUCCUAUAUGAAAACCUGCUCUUGGGACCGCCACGUCUCCGGCAGAUUCGAGUGCGAAAGGAAAGCUGCUACGUGAACGACGCCUUUAUCCGGUACUUCAACACCUGCUAUGCUGCGUAUUCCGCCGGAGCCGAGGACCGUAAGGCGACGCACAAGGGUUCCCCGUUCCGGACGAUGAACGACCUGGAUUCCACGCCCAUCUGGACGGUACUGGCCUUCUACCGCACCGGCGGAUACACGGUGAACUUGGCCUACGAAAAAGAAACAAAUGUGAAGAUCAUAAACGAUCUGAAGGAAGAUCACUGGCUGGAUCGCGGCUCACGCCUCUGUUUGGUUGAGUUCAAUUUGUUUAACGAAAACACGGACAUCUUCCAGAGCGUUAAGUUGAUAGCGGAGAUUCCGCCCACGGGUGGUGUUAUACCACAAGCCCAUCUUCAAACGGUGAAAAAGUACUCCUUCUUUACGGACCGCAGUAUGCUCAUGACGGUUAUCUACAUUUUCUGGUAUAUUAUGGUUAUUUACUACACCAUCUAUGAAAUCACUGAACUUCGCAAAUCUGGAAUUAAAAUCUACUUCUUUUCGAUGCUGAACAUUCUCGAUUGCGCUAUAUUACUGGGUUGUUACCUAGCCUUAGUGUACAACAUCUGGCACAGUUUUAAAGUCAUGUCCCUCACUGCCAGAGCCCACACAGAUCCCACCUACCAAAGUCUGGACGUUCUAUGUUUCUGGAACAUCAUUUAUGUCGAUAUGAUGGCCAUUCUGGCCUUUCUUGUGUGGAUUAAAAUAUUCAAGUUCAUCAGCUUCAACAAGACACUGGUGCAGUUCACAACAACACUGAAAAGGUGCUCCAAGGACUUGGCUGGCUUCAGUUUGAUGUUCGGCAUUGUGUUUUUGGCCUAUGCCCAAUUGGGCCUACUUCUAUUUGGCACUAAGCAUCCAGACUUCCGUAACUUUAUAACCUCCAUCUUGACCAUGAUAAGGAUGAUCCUUGGCGACUUUCAGUACAACCUCAUUGAGCAAGCGAAUCGUGUGCUGGGUCCCAUUUAUUUCCUCACCUACAUCCUGCUUGUGUUCUUCAUUUUGUUGAACAUGUUCCUGGCUAUCAUCAUGGAGACGUACAAUACGGUGAAGGGUGAGAUCACCCAAGGACGCAGUCACUUGGGAUCGUAUAUCUACAGGAAACUGGCGGGCAUGCUCUACUGGAUCACCCAUUGUGGGCGGAAGAGACGCCCUCAUCCUCAAGCGUCUGUAACCGAAGACAAGGAUGCGUAUCAUGAUGUGGGCGCUGCGCAGGAUGAGGCACAUGAAAUGCGAAAGCACAUGACACCAGCCGAGCAACAGUACUUUCAGGAUAUUCCACAAGGAGAGAACCAGGAGAUGGUUCGUCUCAAUAACCGUGUGGGCCUCCUGGAGGAAAUUUUGGAAAAGUUGAUCAACAACAUGGAUGACAUUCUAAAACGCAUCGAGAAAGAUCACCAUAACAAGAAAAAAUAGAAUCACCUAAUUGCCCAA